GUGAACCCAGCACAGUCGCCCUGAAGCUUGGUGGACUAUAUAAACCGAUAUCAUCGGACUGAAAAUGGCAUCAUUGUACCUUAUUCAGUUACCCGAUCUAAAAACAUGAAGAUUUGCGUCCUUUUGGCCAUCGUUGCUUGCGCAACAGCAUUUGUUCUGCCGAAGGGUCCGAUAGACACUGAAAGCCUGAUCAAUGACGCCCAUAAGGCUGUGCAAGAGUCUGAUUUGCCCGAAAGCGUGAAACUAGAGCUGGCCAACCUUCUCGGCGAUCCCCAAUUUGUUGAACAGUUGAUCGCCGACAACAUGGAGUCACUCAGUUCUAGUUUUGGAACCGACUCUGAUGCUGGCCCUGCCGAACGCUGCUUGUUCUUGUUGGCUCUUCUUCUAGCUCAGUUGGCCCAGGCUUUGAUUGCGGCCACCACCACCACCACCGUCGCUACUACCACCACCGCUGCUGGUUAAAAGUUGACUAUAUACUAUUAUACUAUGCUAUUAUAUAAUACGUCCGCUUAUCGAAUGUCGUGUAUGCUCGCUAAAACGUUUGUGAGAAAUGCGGUGUAUCGGUAUAGUUAAAAUAUAUUGAACUACACGUGCAUUUUAUGGGAAAUGUAUACGACGUAUAUGGGAAUAUGGUAUGAAUAUAUAAUUUUGGUUUAAAAAGCA